AUGCCAGUCAAGGUUGAAUUAAGUCCGUGGCCAGUACCAAGUAAAGUUUGGGAGAGAAUUCACCUUGAUUUUGCAGGCCCGUGUAAGGACGGAAAAACAUAUUUGAUUUUGAUUGACGCGUAUUCAAAGUGGCCUGAAAUAUUCGGUAAUACAACAACCAGCGCAAAAAAUGCUUUAAAACAUUUAGAUUGGACUUUUACCCGUUAUGGGUUUCCAAAAACCAUAGUCUCAGACAACGGCAGUCCAUUCCAAUCGUAUGAAUUUAAGAGUUAUUGUAGAAGUAAAGGAAUAAGUCAAAAAUUCAGUCCACCUUAUCACCCACAGUCAAACGGACAAGUCGAGAGAUUCGUUGAUUAUUUUAAAAGAAUGAUGAUGAAAAAUUGGGGAAAACCCAACUGGGUUGAAGAAGUGUUAUUCAAUUAUAGAGCCUCGCCUCAUGAGUCAUUAAUGGGCAAAUCCCCUGCAGAAGAAUUCUUAGGUAGAAAGUUGAGGACAAAAUUGGCAUUAGUCUAUCCAGAAAGGCCAAAUUCAAAAGAUCCUGCAAGGGAGCGAAUUCGAAGUAAAAUGAAGACAUGGUUUGAUAAACAUCACGGAGCCCGAGUCAGAGAAUUCAAAAUAGGAGAUAAAGUUCAGUUUACAAAUUAUAGCAGAAAUAAAAACAAAGAAUGGUUAGUCGGAAAUAUAGUAGCACAAAAGGGAGUUGUAAUUAAGAUUCAGUCUGAAAGAUUAAGGGCUAUAGUCACUAGACAUAUUAAUCAGAUAAGAACGUUAAGUCCGAUAAGUGCAAAUCAAGGCGAAGCACAACAGUCUGUAAACACUUGGGUGAGAAAUUCGGAGCAAAAUAAUAUUCAGAAUACACCACAAGUUAGCCCAAUAAAAAAUGUAGUUAGUCCAAUAAGAAAUAUUCAAAUUCGACAAAGAAAUAUGUCAAGUCCAAGAGAACUAGGGAAAAGAAUAAUUAGGCCAACAAAAAGAUUAGUAGUGGAAAACACAAAGUCGAAGUAUUACAGAGAAGAACCUAUUCGAUUUGGCAUAAAUUAUAUAGCGCAGUCAGAUAACAGCAAAGGAAGCCAACAGAUGAGCCAAGGCACGGGAGCACUGAGAAGGGAGAUGAUCGAAAAUAGAUGA